AUGGGCAGUGUGGAUGAUCAAUCACACUGCUAUCAGUGUCUCGAUGCUGAGGUAGAGGAUCGAUACGAGCGGGAGCGACAGAUUCAAUUGAAAGCUCGGGGUAAAAUUUCGGACAUUGAAAUCGACCGGAGUGAACAGUUUCGAUCAUUCGCUCGAGACCUCUGGCGAGAUGAAACCGGACUGCUAGAAACAACUAGAGAAAAGCUGAUUCAACAACGCCAUCACAGAGUUCUUAUUGUCGGCGCUGGCCUUGGAGGCCUUCUCUUUGCCGUUCGCCUCAUACAGACUGGCAAGUUUACUGCAGAUGAUCUGGUUCUCGUUGAUACAGCAGCCGGCUUUGGAGGCACCUGGUACUGGAAUCGGUAUCCAGGGCUCAUGUGCGAUACUGAAAGCUACAUAUACAUGCCUCUUCUUGAAGAGACCGGAUAUAUGCCUCAGCAUAAAUAUGCAUCAGGUGCUGAAAUUAGAACACAUUGCGAAAGAAUUGCUCAAGUCUACAGUCUGUCUGAGCGUGCCAUCUUGCGAACCAAGGUCAAUCGUUUGGAUUGGGACGAAAACCAAAAGUGCUGGACAGUUUCAGCUACCCAGUUAGGGCUUGAUGAUGAUAGCCAAACGCCCAUUCAGCUAGACGCAGACUUUGUCCUUCUUGCAUCAGGAGCAUUCGCCAGCCCCAGGAUUCCAGAUUUCCCUAAUACGUUGGACUAUAAAGGCAAGCUUUUUCACACGGCACGUUGGGACUACGGCUACACGGGCGGCACUCCAAACAAACCAGAGCUCACCAAGCUUAGAGAUAAACGGGUAGCUAUCAUUGGCACUGGCGCCAGCGCGAUUCAAGCCGUUCCGCAGCUGGCAAAAUUCUGCCGGGAACUCCUCGUAUUUCAGAGGACGCCGGCUGCGGUUGAUGAACGCAAUAAUCGAUGCACGGAUGCGAAGUGGUGGCAGGAGACGGUGCAGAUGGAGGGUAAAGGGUGGCAGCGACGAAGGAUGAAAAACUUCAAUGCUUUUACCUGUAACGAGAAGCCACUUCCCGCGGAAAAUCUGGUGGCCGAUGGGUGGACUGAAAUGCCCUCCUUCAGCUUGUUGAUUGGGGGUCCGCAGUGUCUUGAUCCUGAAUAUGUUGACAAAAUGCGAUCGGUUGAUGCGACUAGACAGAAAAAAGUUCGUGCGCGAGUCCAUGAUAUCGUGCCAAAUUCGGACUCUGCAGAUCUUCUUCAACCCUGGUAUCCCGGGUGGUGCAAGCGCCCCUGUUUUCACGAUGACUACUUGGGUGCGUUUAAGCAGUCGAACGUCAAACUGAUUGAUAUCCGCCACCAUGGGAUCAGUCACUUUACCCCCAAAGGAAUCGUGGUUGAUGGGACAGAACAUGAGCUGGAUGCGGUCAUCCUCAGUACGGGAUAUACCGUACCCGUCACUCGACACAGUCCAGGGUCCCGUGCAGACAUUGUAGUGACUGGUCGAGACGGACUGACCAUGGAAGACAAAUGGAACAAUGGACUGGCAACUCUACAUGGUGUCAUGACACAUGGUUUGCCAAAUCUCUUCUUUACUGGCAGUAGUCAAGCCGGUGCUUGCGUGAAUCUUACCUAUGUCUUAGAUGAGACCGCCAUACAUGUGGCUCAUAUCCUCUCUAAGGCGAUGAGUAAAUGCUCAUUUUUGUCUCAGAAAGUGGUGAUAGAGCCCACUACCCAGGCAGAAGAGGAUUGGGCCCACCAGAUACUCUCUCGUGCGGCUGCUUUGCGUGGUAUCGCUGGUUGUACACCCGGCUACCUCAACGGCUAUGGCAUGAUACCGACAUCGAUGACAGUAGAAGACCAAAUGAAGGCAGCCAGACUGGCGCCAUGGGGAGAGGGCAUUGCGAGUUACGUUGUUCAAUUGGAAGCAUGGAGAGCUGAUGUCAACGGAAGGAAGCUGUUCGAAUUUGGGAAAUCCCAGGCGAGAAAGCGAUUUUAUCAAGAUGCUGCUGGUUUAAUUCAAAGCGGUCUCCGUAAGGCCGAUGCCUUUCGCAUCAUUACACACAAUGAAACUCUGAUUGUGCUAGCUCCAAAAUUUGCCCGUGAAAUCCGGGACCACCCUGACCUUGACAGUACAACGGUUUUCUUGAAAACGUUCCACGCUCAUAUUGCAGGAUUUGAGGUCCAAAGGCAAAUUGAAAACCAGGGAAUUGUUCAAGAGCUUAUUCGGACAAAAAUUACUCGAAGCCUAACCAAAUUAACCGGGACCCUUGCUGCCGAGUCUUCUCUACUGUUGAAGCAGGAAUGGACCGAUAAGAGAGAUUGGCAUGCAAUUCCCGUCCACGAAACUGUGACUUCCCUGAUAGCCCAAUUAUCUUCACUUGUCUUCGCUGGCGAAGAACUAUCUCGCAAUACGGAGUGGCACAAGACUGUCAUAGGUUAUGCGGAGAGUAUGCAUAAGGCAACGCAUCAGCUCAAUCAGUGGCCCAAAUUUGCUCGGCCCAUAGUAGCUCGUUUCAAUCCAACUUGUCGAAACCUUCGGCAACUCAUCGCGCGUGCAAGAGAACUUAUGCUACCUGUGCUCCAGAAAAGGGCCUUGGCGAAGGAAGCAGGGUUUCAGAAAGACCACCAAGACUCUCUGCAAUGGCUAGACGAAAUUGCCAAUGGUCGAAAGCAUGAUCCUGUUUUGAUGCAAAUGCUGUUGGCACUUGCUUCGAUCCAUACUUCCAGUGAUAGUCUCUCUCAGGCUCUCUAUGAUAUCUGCAGCUAUGGGAACCGGAAAACCCUGGUACAAGAGCUUCGCGACGAGAUUGUAUCGGCUAUAAGAGAAUCGGGGUGGGAAAAGGGUACUUUACAGAAACUGAAGCUGAUGGACAGCGUGUUAAAGGAGUCCCAGCGGCUCAAACCAGUCGCAAUCUUGGGUAUGAAUCGCCACGCGCACCAAAAAGUUGAAUUAUCGGAUGGGACUAUCAUUCCGAAAGGUGCCUCCGUCCUUAUUGCUAACUUUAGCAUGUGUGAUGCGGAUGUGUAUUCCGAUCCAGCUACAUUCGACCCCUAUCGAUUUCUUCGACAACGCGAAGCUGGUGAUUCAUCAGCGCUUUUUGUAUCCCCAUCUCCAGAGCAUUUGGGAUUUGGUUAUGGCAAACAUUCAUGUCCGGGACGGUUCUUUGUCGCUAACGAGAUCAAGAUCGUGCUAGCUCACAUGCUCUUGAAAUACGAUAUACAAUUGCUAGAAUCUUCUACUCCCACUGUGAUGAAGAUUGGAAUAGCAUUAAGUGCGAAUCCAACGGCGAAGCUUUCUAUUCGACGCAGACAGGAGGAAAUUUCCCUUGAUUAG